AUGUCCUCCACCGGCCAUUCAUACCACUCUGCCAAGCACGAGCUUGGCCACCUCUGCUCCCACCAUGUUGACCUUGGCCUCAGCCUGGCCGGCUUUGAGUGCGGCUGUCUCGAGCGGGCUCUGUGUGGCUACAAGUGCAUCCACGGUGCUUGGCACACCAGCGCCAAGCUCCCCAUCACGUUGCCCCUCCUUCGCCGCCUUGCCGCUGCCGUCGAUACCUUCAGCGACCUCUCUGCAUGCAAUCAUGCUGUGUUCAAGGCAGCGUUCACCCUCUCCUUUGCCUGUUUCCUGUGCUUGGGCGAGGUUGUCUGGGACUGGCACACCAACCCAGCUGUCGUCCUUCGCAUUGGCAGUGUUGAAUUGGCUGCUGACCAUGCCAUCAUCACCUUGCCAGUGUCCAAGACAGACCCCUUCCGCCUCGGCAUCAAGGUCGUCGCCCCUCUUGUCGGCAGCCCAGAAUGCCCAAUCGCCCACCUUUGCCACCUACUCUCUGGUCGUCCCUCUUCUGCCCCCCUCUUUGGCCUCGGCCCGUCUGGGGCAGACCCCCUCCCGCGCUCGUCGUUCAUUGCUGUCCUUCGGCGUGCCAUCGCCUUCACCGGCCAUUCCUUUCGACGCGGUGCCGCCACGUGGGUGGCCCACCUUGGUGCCAGCCCCGAGACCAUCCAGUGCCUCGGCUGUUGGAAUUCUGACUGUUUCCAGUGCUAUGUUGACCACUCUGCCAGCGAACGCUGUGACCUCUCCAUUGCCGCCCUCUUCAGUGUUCGUGACAGCCCCCUCGUCCCUGACAGCGCCUCGUGGCAAGACAUGGGGGCCACCUAG